AUGCGUCUCAUACUUUUCUAUAUCGGGAUGUGCCUGUCAGUCACCGUGGCACAAGUCUGUAAUGGAUAUGCCGAGCUCUGUGAUCGUAAAUGGUCAGAAAUAUCCCAGAUAGGAACACACGAUAGCGCAUUUGUGGGAGAUUUACCAGCAGAAAACCAGAAUCUCGAUGUCACCGCUCAACUGAAUGCUGGUGUUAGAUUUCUUCAAGCCCAGACUCAUUAUUUUCUCGAUAUAUUGACGUUAUGUCAUACUUCAUGCUUUUUACUAGAUGCUGGGCCAGCUGUUUAUUAUCUAGAGGAUAUCAAGAAAUGGCUUGAUGCGAAUCCUAAUGAAGUCGUAACUUUACUACUUACGAAUGGAGAUUAUAUUCCUGUCGGAAAUUUCAGUUCAGCAAUGGAAGUGUCUGGUCUGGCAAAAUAUGCAUAUACACCACCGCAUCAGUUAGCCAUAAAUGAAUGGCCUACGCUUCAGGAACUGAUCACGAAUGGAGAUAGACUUGUUAUGUUCCUCGACUACGACGCGGAUACGAGUGUAGCUCCAUAUAUCCUACCCGAGUUCUCUUACUUUUUCGAAACUGCAUAUGAUGUAACUACCCCUACAUUUCCAACAUGUACACUCGAUCGUCCCCCAGGAUCAAAUGGAGAUGGACUUUUGCCGUUGAUAAACCAUUACUUGGAUAUUGAUGUCUUCGGUAUCCUCAUGCCAAAUAGAUUGGAGGCUAAAAAGACGAACGCGGCAACAGGUGUAGGUAGUAUUGGAGCCCAAGCCGACCUCUGUACCUCAACUUGGGGCCGAAAACCGCGAGUAAUGCUCCUAGAUUUCUUCGACGUUGGAAAUGCAAUAGAAGCACAAAACACAUUGAAUGGCUUGCCAGUAAAAAAUUCCGCCAGUUCGAAACACACACUUCCUUCUAAAUAUACUCUACUUUUCCUUACUAUCGGCACGAUUUCAUUUUUGUGUUAACGGUACUGUUAUUUUUGCUUGAGUUUCGAAGAUUUCAUUGCUGGUCGAGGAACGAAUGAAAGGCGUUUGGGUUUGGGCUAGAACGAGGAGGGUCAUAGAAGGAGCGUUGGAGUUGAAGGUCACUUUAUUCUCAAGUUGACAUGGUAUUAUUUCUGUUUUGAAUUUAUCAGUCUAGAAUUUUGGCAGCGCAGCGCAGAUUAGAUUUGGACUUCUGUUUUGUAUACUUUACGACUAUCAUUGUUUAGAUGUUGAAGGGCAUAGAAGGUUAGAAUAGGCGACAAGAUUUGGAUGCCGCGAUUGAUAUCAUUGUUUACACUUUAGUCAAAUAUAAAUAGAUACUGUUAUUUUUGGAUUGCGGUAGGGGAGGAA